CCAACCUGCAAGGCAUGAACAGAGAACAGAAAGGCAAACUGCCAAGGGAAAAGAAAAUCGAUCCUCUGCCCAAGGUCCAGCAGAAGCUGCCUCAUUUACCUAGGAGGCGGGCUUCCUCCUGUGGGGAAUCCCUGGCUGGGAGGAACAUGGGCCCUUCCUCUUGGCAGCUUCGGGACAUUCAGCAGGUGCUGGCACAAAGCCCUGGCUGGGAUGUGGGGUAGGAGCAGGCCUCAAGGGGGUUUCAGGGUCAGUAAGCAGGACACGGGGCCCAGGAACAUGGGAACCUCAACCCUAAGAUACAGCAGAGGAAUCCUCCAGUGGUAGGGUGCUUGCAGAGGGGUGGGAAGGUGGCUGUCUUUUUCUCUCUUCAUCCAGAGCCUUAUGUAAGAGCUUUUCUCGGGAAACAGGAAGUCCUAUUUGCCAAGUUCAGCACAGGGAGUAGUGCAGGCCUUAUUCCAACACACCCAGCCUGGGCUUAACCCCAGAGCUCAGCCAGUUUCUUGCUUCAGAGACCCUGGUUCUCCCCACGGGCCCUCUCCCCUCCUUUCCUACCUUCAGUCACUCCUAGCACUCUUCCCCGGAGACCGCUCCUAGGCCAGAGCCAGAGGGUCUUCCACCCUCAUCCCUUGACCCUCAACACGGCCCAGCAUGCCCCUUCAUCCCCACUCCUGGCACCAUGCCCCAUGCCAGCCAACCUUCCCUCCCCCACUUCUGGGGCCGCCCCAGGGUUCCUGUGCUUUGGCCGCUCCUCCCGGGUGUCACUGGCAGCCUGGUGCGUCCUAGAGAGACUGGCACCAAAUUCUCCUGAGGCUGGAAGAGGGUGAGGGGUCUCAAGACAACACUGGCCCCACAGAGAAGUGCCAGGAGCACCAGCGGUGUCCCUAGCUUGCUUUCUUCCUCCCUCCCUUUUAUUCUCAAGUUCCUUUUUAUUUCUCCCUUGCGUAACGCCCUUUUUCCCUUCUGCACAACUGCCUGCACCCCCACCCUCUGCCACCUCUUUGCCAUCCACUCCUGAGGCCACAGCUGUUGGCAGGGUCCCCAGCUCAUGCCAGCCUCAUCUCCUUCCUUUCUAGCCCCCAAAGGGCCACUGGGAGACAUGGGGGGCCGGGUCCGAGAGCCAGCACUCUCAGUUGCCCUCUGGUUGAGUUGGGGGGCAGCUCUGGGGGCUGUGGCUUGUGCCAUGGCUCUGCUGACCCAACAAACAGAGCUGCAAAUCCUAAGGAGAGAGCUGAGCCGGCUGCAGAGGACUGGAGGGCCCUUUGAAAAUGGGGAAGGGUAUCGAUGGCUGAGCCUCCAGGAGCAGAGGCCUGAGACCCUGGAAGCCCCGGAGAAUGGGGAGAGAUCCCGGAGAAGGAGAGCAGUGCUCACCCAUAAACACAAGAAGAAGCACUCAGUUCUGCACCUUGUUCCCAUUAACAUUACCUCCAAGGAGGACUCUGAUGUGACAGAGGUGAUGUGGCAACCAGCUCUUAAGCGUGGGAGAGGUCUGGAGGCCCAAGGAUAUGUUGUUCGAGUCUGGGAUGCUGGAGUUUAUCUACUUUAUAGCCAGGUCCUGUUUCAUGAUGUGACUUUCACCAUGGGUCAGGUGGUGUCUCGGGAGGGCCAGGGAAGGCAGGAGACUCUAUUCCGAUGUAUACGAAGUAUGCCCUCCAACCCAGACUGGGCCUACAAUAGCUGCUACAGUGCAGGUGUCUUCCACUUACACCAAGGGGAUAUUCUGAGUGUCAUAAUCCCCCGAGCGAGGGCGAAACUUAGCCUUUCUCCACAUGGAACCUUCCUGGGGCUUGUGAAACUGUGAUGGUGUUAUAAAAGCGGUUCUGGGUUUGGAAGAGCGGGGUGGGUACAUAUAGGAGACAGCCAAAGCUGUCUGGACAAAGGACAGGGAAUGUGAAGGAACAGAGCAGAGGCCUCCUCUGGGUCUAUCUGGAACCCUGAGCUUGACAACUUAUGACUGUGUCUUUUAUCCCCUUUUCUCUUCCCAACUCCUACCCAUAGAUUUUGAUUUAAUAAAUAUUAAGGAUAUAGAAUAUCUUGCUUUUAUCUCCCAUUUAGCCCCAUAUUCUCGGGGCUUGAUGAGGGGUGAAGAGAAGAUGCCAGGCAUUGUCUACACCUGCUUUGGGUCCCACUGGAAUGCUUCCAGAACAGCACCACCAUCUAGCGGCAGUUUGAGAGAACCAAACUGUCAGGUGGCACAAGUCCACAAAGCCUCCCUACACUCAGGAAAACUCCUGGUUCCCUAUGCCGCACCUCCCUCGAGGAACCCACUAUCUCUUCACCCCACAAAAAGCCCCAUCCUCAUUUCCACUUUACUCUUUUAGUCCCAAGUUUUGUCUUUCAUGCUCUGCAUUCCCCUGGCGAGGCAACAAGCUCCUCUGGGGCUGAGACGGGUCGCCGGGAAGCCUUGGAUGAAUAGUACGUCCUAAUGAUGGUCUUGACGCACUCCUGAGCUCAUCUUUCUGCUUCUUUCUGCUCAAACCCUACUUAAAGUUAAAUAAAAGAGAAUAAGUAAUACCUCGGAUCCAUUUACCCCCACUGCCUUGUCUCGCAC